UGGCCUUGGAUUCGGCCUUGACUAGUUGCACUUCACACCGUGGCGUGUAUACCACGUCUAGUCCGUUGGUUUCUUGGACAUGUUGCUUGACAACGAUACGGUCAGUCCUGUUUUGGGGCCUAACUUAUUUUUAGUUUCUGACUCAUCUUAAUAAGCUGUUUGUCCAGUCCAGAAGUGGUGGUUCUCUUUGUAUAACCAUGAAGCGAUAUGAUGGACGCACCAAACCCAUCCCCAGAAAAAAUAAGCAACAGGCGGAUUCUCAUCACCCUGCUGAAAAUUGUUGUCUUUUCCGAGUUACGCUUGGGAGUCAGAAAAUCUCCACUGUUGUGCACUCUAAGGACAUGAAUCGGUUCAACCAGGCCUAUUCGAAUCUUCUGAAAGCCAGCAUUGACGGACUGAAAAAGCGCGACAAGAAAGUUAAGGCUCCACCAGCGAAAUCAACCCGGUCCAAAACUGAAAAAGGAUGAGAGUGGAACUCAUUUUUUAUCCAUGCACAUGUACAGUGAUUUCAUUCUUAUGCGGUGUUUUUUCAUCAUUUGGGCUACUCACUCCUGUUGGUUUUGUCAUUUGCAACAGCUGCACCGGUCGCUCAGAAUCUUUUUACCUUUCCCGUUUUUUUAUUUUGGCUACAAGAAGGUUCAUUUUGGGAGGGUUUCGUAGCUACUCUCUUCUAACACUGCGACCGGA